AGUGCUAUUCACUUUUUCUUUUUUAUAUAUUUCAUCCCACGCUUUGGAUAAACCUUCGUCUUCAACUUCAAGCUUCUAUUCAGUUCUCCACAGAGCUUAAGCAAGCAGUGGCUAUGGAUGUGGUUGCUCUAACAAAUUCGUCGUCUUCCGUUUCCAUGUUGAAUCCUAACGCUCCAUUGUUCGUUCCGAUGGCCUACAGGACGGUGGAGGAUUUCUCCGACCAGUGGUGGGAUCUCAUCCAGUCGUCGCCGUGGUUUCGUGAGUACUGGCUUCAAGAGCGCUUUCAAGAUCCUCAAAACGAUCUUUCAUUUCCAGAAAAUGAUGAAAUUGUCCUUCCGGAUCUCGAGAAUUUCCUCGAGGACUUCGCUUGUCAACAGGAAGAGGAGGAAUUGGAGUUUUCCAAGGAUUUGGUUCCAAUGGGAGCGUUCCAAUGGCAUAAGGCUCGAACUGGAGCGGAGGUUCCUAGGUAUGCUCAAAAGGCCCCCAAAAUCGUGAACGUGAAAGUAACUCCGAGGACGAUUCACCAACCGCGAUAGACUCGCCGAGGAAUCUCCAACUCAUCGAGUACGUUUCUUCAUCAGAACUCAGGAACCAUUUUAAAUUGUUGUUGAUCUAGGUUUUCCACAUCGUUUAUGUACAGAGGCUAGAACUUGAUCUGUUCAAAUUUAGCUCUGUUUGUCUGUGUUUAGUUGAUGUAAAUUUGUACCUAGUCUCACUUUCGUUUCCAAAAGAAUCUAGUUAUUAAUGUUGUUGACUUCAUAA